AGGUAACAUCGACAAGUGUUCAGUGAAUAUAUAUUAAAAAAGUGACGUAAUGGAAUCCGGACAAUACGGACAAGAAGGCGGACGGCCGCCCGAUUGUUCAACAAAGUGUUCGGUAAUCGGUGAAACAAUUGCAACGGCAAUGAAUACGAUAAAUGAUAGUUUUGAUAAUGAAAUGUUAAUGAGUGAAAUUAGUGAAGAAGAAUUAGAAGUACAUUAUAAUUCAAACAAAAAUCCUAGUAGCAUCAUGAGUGAGGUAGAUGUAAUUAAGAACAGAUUAUUACAUAAGUAUAAAAAACAUACCAGAAUUUCUGCAAUAUCAGAUAGUAAAGAUAAAAAGAACAGUAACAAAAAUAAAACAAUUAAGGAAGAUAAUAAAUUAAAAAUUAUGAAUAAAGUAAUUGGCAAAAGUGCAACCAAACUUAGAAGAACCGAAAAUAUUAUACAUACUGUUGGAAAUAAUAACAAUGACACGGCGUCUAAGAUAACAAAUAAUAGUGAUAUUUCAAAUUAUAAUAAUAGUAAUGGAACAAGUAAUGAAAGAAAUACUAUGGUAUCGAAUAUUGUAAAUAUCAAUCAGAAUACUGAAGCAAAUCGGAACAGUCAAGAAUUAAGUAGCGUUAUGCAAUUUGAUGAGUGCGAUAAGGAUUUAAGUGAAACAACAACUUAUGCAAACAACGAAGAAAUGACCAAUGAAAAUAUUAGUGCGGGGUCGAGUAAUACCGAAAUAAAUGAUCAGAAUGAUAAAAUGUUGCAUGACUUUCAUGAGUUAGAUAACGUAAUGCAAUUUGAUAAUUGUGGUGAGGACUCGAGUAAAAUAACAAAACAUAAUGACAAAGAAAACGAAAUGAUGCCCGACAAUUACGAACAGGAUAAAGUACGAUAUGACAGUUACGAUAAAGGACCAUAUAUAAUAUACGUAGAAUCUUAUAAUAAAAACAUAGGACGCCUGCAUCCUAUGGCACUUGGAAAAAAAAUUCAUGAUGCAUGGCCAAAUAUGAAAACAAAUUUGGAAGAAAUUGGAGUAAUUGGUAAAAACAAAGUAAAAUUGAUUUUAAGUAAUGGUGUGACAGCUAAUAGACUAUUAGAUGGUGAUUUUUUCAAAUCGAAUAAUCUAAGAGCGUAUAUCCCCAAAUAUUUAACGGUGCGGACCGGAAUCAUUUUUGACGUAGAUAGCGAAUUAUCUGAGGAAGAAAUUGUGGAUGUCAUCGAAUCCGAGUAUCCGAUAGUGGGAGUUAAAUGUAUAAGAUCGAAAAAAGAAAAUCAUAAGACAUACAAAUCACAGUGUGUUAAACUCACUUUUAAAGGGACAAAAUUACCAGAAAAAGUAGCGAUCCACUCUGUUAAAUGCCCAGUAACACCAUUCGUGAAAAAAGUAAUACAAUGCCACAAAUGUUGGAGAUUCGGCCACGUUCGUGAUCAGUGUCGAGGAGAGGUAAGAUGUCCAAAAUGCGCAGAAAAUCACGCCUUACAAGAUUGCAUAAAUACGGACGAUUUAAGAUGCUGCUUGUGUUUUGGUAAACAUGCAGCAUAUAAUAGGGAAUGCCCAAUAUUUAUGAAAUAUAAGAAAAUAUAUGAAAUAAUGGCAACACAAAACUUAGCUUUUCACGAAGCAAGGUCAGUUGUAGAAAACAACAAGUAUGCCAGAAUAACCAGAGGUAGUCUAACCAAUUUAGACAAAGAAAAGAAUUUCCCAGUGAUAAGCACAGAAAGCAGGAAAAGUUUACAAAUUAACAACAACAUUCUUAGAAAUAAAUUUGAAAUUUUAUCUGACCUGGAAGAUAACAAUGAUGAACCGGUAUCGGCCAGCACAUCAAUAUUGUACAGUACAUCUACAAGACCCUUCAAGAGAAACAUUGCCAAAAAACAAGAAAGAACCAAAUAUAAUAAUAUAAUUAAUAGAAAAGAAGAUAAAUCAAAAGGGGAAUCAAGUGAAAGGAACAGGGUGCAUACAGAUAGGGAAGGUUUUAGAGAAAAAUAUCGAGUAUCCACUAGGAAUGAAGUUGAUAACAAAGACAAAGAGAAAGAAGUAGAUACCAUAAAGAACGUCAAUGAAGAACAUACCGAUGAAUUUUUGAAUUUAUUUAUCAAACUAGUUAAAAAACACUACAAACCUAAUAAUAAAGACAUCAACAAAAUGUUAAGAGAGGUAAUGAAUAGAAUAGGUAGUGAAGGAGAUGUGGACAACAAUAAGAGAAAUUAAGGUUAAUGAGCGCAUGGAAAA